AGAUAAUGUUGUUGCUGCACCGCCACGCUGAGUCAGGGACUUGUCCCUGUGCAUCUUCCAGCACCCGCCAGAAGACCAUUAAUCAUCGUCCACUUGACUUGACUCCGUGAUAUUGCAUUUCUCAGCCAGCUUACCACCUUCUUUUAAACAUAACAUCUCUCAUUUAAAUCCAACCCUUAUACUACUCACUCAUUACACUCACCCUUAACUCAUACCAUAACCCACCCAUCCCAAAGCAAAAAUCCCAACCAAAGACACAUCACUACAGAAAGAAAGAAUGUCCGGCAGCGGCAGCGGCAGUGGCAUUGUCCACAAUCCCCCCACCGAAGAACCCCCCGAAACCGACCUCGACAGCAUCGGCCACCACUGCGACCUGGAAUACUGCCACCAACUCGACUUCCUGCCCUUCCGCUGCGCCUCCUGCAGGGGCGUGUUCUGCCUCGACCACCGCACCGAAUCCGCCCACCAGUGUCCUCGCGCGGGGGAAUGGGUGCGCAGCAGCGCCGCCACCACCACCACCACCACAAACCCAUCCUCAGGUUCAACCUCAAUCUCCGCCUCCUCAACCCCCCCAACCAAACCAACCAUCCACAACACAGCCCAAUGCAGCCACCUCGCCUGCAAAACCCUCAUCCACACCCUCUCCGAACCGGGCGUCCGGUGCCCCGAAUGUCGGAGGGAGUAUUGUCUCAAGCAUCGGUUGCGGGAGGGGCAUGCUUGCCAGCCUUUCGUUCCUGGUGGGAAGGGGGGUGGGGGUGGGGGUGCUGGGCAGGGGCAAGACACGCUGAAGUCGAUGUUCGCGCGGGUGCGGGGCAGUUUUGCUUCGCUCGGUGGCGGUGGGGGGAAUGCAGGGAAGAGUCGCACGGCUACAGCACCAGGCAAGACCAUGGACACGAAACAAAAUAAGGCGGGGGCUACGGCUACGGCUACGACUACGACUACCAAGAAAAGCAAGCCGGUCAAUCGCGCGAUGGCGGUCAACGCGCUCAAGCGCACGGCUAAGGGGGAUGCGGCUGUGCCUGCGGAGCGGAGGGUGUAUCUUUCUGUUGAGGCGGCGGCGGCGCCUACUAGGGGGUCUGCUGCGGCGGGGGCGGGGGCUGCGGGGGCAGCAGGGGCUUCAGGGGCGUUUUGGUUCGAUGGGAAGUGGAAGGUCGGGCGGGUGCUGGAUGAUGCGGCGCGGAGGCUCGGGGUCGAGAAUGUUAAUAACCGCGUGGCUGGGGAGGAGGAGCGGCUGCGCGUGUUCCAUGUGGAUGGCGGGGUGUUUUUGGAGUUUGGCGAUACGUUGGGCGAGAAGGUGGUCGCUGGGGAUACCUUGGUUUUGUUGCGCGGGGCCGGGGUGAUUCUUUAGUUUAGGUGUUGGGGGGGGGGGGGGGCUUU